AAUUGUGGGACGAGUCGAUAUAAGGAAAAACACAACAUCUGCCCAAGGAGGAUUGGUACCACUGGUGGAACUAAAAUAGAGGUGGAAGGUUCUCGUUGAGAGAAUCAAGACUGAGUCUUUGAAAGACGGUGUGGCCAUUGACGGGUCUUAUGGGAAUUUGGUAUUGGUCGAAGGUUCAAGACAUUGUUUGCUUUUCGUCGCUCGUUUGAGCCCACGACGCCAUACCCGAAGGACUGGCUCCGGAAAACCUUAUACGCCCACUUCCCGCUCUUGGCUUCGUCCUACACGCCUUGAAUCGGUUGCAUUAUUCUCUUCGAUAAGAGGCGCGAUGGGAGCCUCGAAAGAAAUGUCUCUCGUGUUUGGGACGGUGGCGGCCGCGAGUGAUACUGCCGUGGUUAUUCUAAAUAUCAUCUUUGCCGUUACACUGUUUCAAUCACCAUCGCCAGCGAGUACGAGGGCGACAUCAAUCGUUGCAUCAGGGAUCAGUUCGGUGUCUAUGAUUUCAGCAAUAGCGUUGCUGAUCAUGCAGAUUAGGCAUCGGAAUGGAGCGCAUAUCCAGGAUUAUGAACAUGGAAAACAACACAGAUAUCUCCUGGCUGGGUUUACAGGAGUCUUUUGCAUUCUAUCGGGUGUGACCUCAGCAAUGGUGCUAGGGUUUAUGAGCACCAGGCUUUCGGAUAUUCCCAAAAGAAUUGUUCUUUCAUCGACGAAGAGUAUGAUAAUCGGGGGAUUCAUUGUAUGGGCAAUCUCGUUGAUAUCGCAAGCGAUAUUUGUGAUAUUGACGGUGAUCAUCCAGCGAAGGGAUUCCCAACAGCAAACACAACCUUACCGUGCGGAGCCGGAACCGCACAGCAUGUCGGAAAUACAAGAGGUGAUGAGACCACGAGCGCAAAGCGACCAAGUGUACCGAGAGACAGAUUCCAUGGACUUGAGAUCCCCGUUAUCAUUGAGGGAGAGAUCGCGUUCUGGCUCGUACACAGUGUCCUCGUUCCAAUCUUCGCUGAACCAUGUGGUCCGGCCAGUAACGUCCAAAACCAGGCUCAUAACUCCCAAGAUGCCACGUCGACCGGCGUCUCUUGAUUUCAGUGGUCGAGAUGCGAGAGGGUCCAUGGAUGAUGGAUUCGAUUCUUGGGAUACUUCGACCGUGGAUGCCCAAUCACGGCAGGCAGUAGAAUCACUCUCACCAAAACCUGCAAGACUGCUAGGAACAAUCCCAGCCAGCCCUUCAGCAAGCAGGAGUCCGAGCCCAGGUUAUCCGCUAGAUCUUGAUCUAAAGCCUCCGAAACAGCGACAGAGGAGUCGCAGUGGGCCUGCGAAUAGUCACAGGGAUCGUUCCAGAACAGUAACAUCAAGCUCAAGUGAAAGUAUGAGCGAGGCUCACAUCCACCCCCUUUUCAGGACAGAUUCACCUACACCUCCUCCACCCAUCACACCCGGUACGAUGGUCAUAGCCGCACCUGGUGCAGGGUCAGUGAUCUCAGAUCGUUCGAGCAUUCGAUCCGUCCGAAUGCGGAAUGGCAGUCUGCCUUCGAGCCCCCUCAUACAUAGUAAGAGCAUGGAGAGCAUGCGAGGGGCCAUCGAAAAGGAGGAAAGACCUUUUAACCUAGAGGAGAUCGUGGGGGAGCGGAAGAUGACGCCGCCGAUUCCUGACUGGAUUAUGACCGCGGGUAUGAGAAGUAGCAUGACGGGAUACAACUCUAGGAAGAAGACGCAGAUGGGAUUGGGCAAGGUUGGAGAGGAUGGGGAUGCAUAGGUUUCUUACCAGGCCCACGGCCAGACGAAUUUCCUUGAUCAUGUUUGAAUAGAUACCACUGAUGUUAGCGCGGCGCUGGGUUUUGUAGCAAAUAUACCUGAAUAAUGCAAGAAAGCAACUAAGCACUUCAAAGCCAACAGCU